CCGGAGCUGUCCGCGGUGCUGAACAGCUGCUGCCGCUGGAUCAUCAUCAUCAUCACUUCGUGUUCCUCAUUACACAGCCUCACCUGUGACAACAGCCGGGAAGUAUCUUUGAUGGGUAAAUCCCCGAAUGAAGACGAUCCCGGUGACUAAAGAUAAAGAUAUACAAAUAGAAGCUCUCACAGUCAAUCAAAUACUCUCUGCAACGCGGCAAAACCAUUGAAGUGAUUCAAUACGAAAACGUCCUCUGAAGCAACACAUCGCAGAUCAUUUACAGCCUGCGAGCACUUUGAGUGAUCUAUGGAACAUCUUCAGUCACUCGAUUGAGAUUUACACUUUACUUUGUAAUCACAAUAAAUGCCCUCUAGGCCUGCUAUAUUGACAAAUAAACGCAGGGGUGGGCAGAUGAUUCGAAGUUGAAAUAGUGACCUCAGGUUUUGUAUUGUUAGUUGCUCUUGAGGGAGAAAGAGAGAGGGCCAGUUAAAUCUAAUUAGACAUGCCUCAGCUUGUUGCUUCGCUCACCAGAGGGCUUGUUCAUUUUCUCUACUGAUUUGCCCGUGUUAUUUCUGCUGGAACAAUUUCUUUGCCCUGUGGCUUGUGGGAAAUACUGGUUGAAUUUAAUCUGUUAACAUCUAACACAUUUGACUAUGUGAUUUCCCUCUGGAUUUAGAAAUCACCCUCACUAACAAAGAUGACCCUGCAGAGCCAUGCCGCUCCUCCUACCAUCUAAUUGUAAAAUAAAACGUAAACAGUAAACGAUUUCAACCUCCAGAACAUUCCCUCACUUCCAAAAUGGGCGACACAAACUACUGGGUUGUGGACUAUGAACUCUCCUCUCCAGCUCCGCCCGGGUUCCCCAGGGCACCGACAGCGCUGCAGCCCAUGGCUGGGCAGCCCGAGCAGGGAUCUGCCUUGUGUUUCGUUGGCCUCCUUAUACUGCUGCUGCUCUUUCUCCUCGUUCGCUGUGUCCGUAUCUUAUUAGAUCCCUACAGCAGCAUGCCGGCGUCAUCGUGGACGGACCAUAAGGAGGGGCUGGACAGAGGACAGUUUGAUUAUGCACUGGUGUGA